CGCUCCCCUCGGGCGCUGGCAAGGGGCAGGCUCGGCUUGUUCCUGCCUCCAACUUCGCCCAAGUUAACUCGGGUUUCCCCCGCCCCGCAGGGUCUGCCUGGCCUCCCGGUCCUCCGGUAGGGAGAGAGGGAGGGAGGGUGGGGAAAGGCGUGUCCUGCCUGGGCUGCCGCCGCCGCCACCGCUGCCGGAGGCAGAUCGGAGAUAUAAAAGACCUGGCCGUGGUCCGGUUGUGCUUUCAGUCAGCGCAGACGCUCAGGUCGUGGGGAGGGGGCGCAGCGGGGCGCGGAGAGCGGCGGCGGGACAGGCGGAGGCAGCGCGGGGCUCGCCGUGGGCAACCCCAAUGCGUGGACUAUCGGCUGCUGCAUUAUGCUGGAGCUACAGUUCCGCUGAAGGGAGUUUGCACACGGCCGGCUGGGCUGGACUGCAGCGCUGCCAUUCCUUAUGAAGAAGGCACAAACUUGGAUUAUCACUUGCUUUUGUCUUCAACUACUCCUACUUAAUCCUCUUGUCAAAGCCCAGAGUUCCUGCGGGAAUCCAGUCACAGAUGAUGUGAAUGACAUUGCAAAAUUGGUUGGAAAUCUCCCAAAUGAUUAUAUGAUAACCCUUAAAUAUGUCCCAAAGAUGGAUAGUCUGCCUGAUCACUGUUGGUUGCAUUUGAUGGUGCCUGAAUUUUCAAGGAGUCUACAUAAUCUUCUCCAGAAAUUUUCAGAUAUUUCAGAUAUGUCAGAUGUUUUAAGCAACUAUUCAAUCAUCAAUAAUCUCACAAGGAUAAUUAAUGAUCUUAUGGCAUGCCUUGCUUUUGAUAAAAACAAGGAUUUUGUAAAAGAAAAUGGUCACCUUUAUGAAGAAGGUCGCUUCAUUCCUGAGGAUUUUUUUAGGCACUUUAAUAGUACCAUUGAGGUCUACAAGGAGUUUGCAGACACACUGGAUAAGAAUGACUGCAUUCUGCCUUCAACAGUAGAAACACCAGAGAAUGAUUCCAGAGUCGCUGUCACAAAAACAUUUUUGUUUCCUCCUGUUGCUGCCAGCUCCCUUAGGAAUGACAGCAUUGGCAGUAGCACUAGCAGUAACAAAGAAGCACUUGGCUUCAUUAGCAGCUCCAGCCUGCAAGGGAUCAGCAUAGCAUUGACAUCAUUGCUGUCUCUUCUUAUUGGCUUUAUUUUGGGAGCCAUAUACUGGAAGAAAACACAUCCCGAACCCAGACCAGAAAGUGUUGAAACUACACAGUGUCAUGACUGUCAAGAGGAAAAUGAGAUAAGUAUGUUGCAGCAAAAAGAAAAGAAACAUCUACAAGUGUAGCUGUUGCUUUUUUUCCCUCAACACUGUUACUGUUUCAUGUACUGCAGGUAACAGUUCCAUGUUCGCUUCAUAAAUGAAGCAGCUUUAAGCACAUUCGUAUUCCUUCUGGAGUGACAGACUGAGUCUGCAUCUGUUGUUGCUGCCCAUGACUUCGUAGACAUGAUAUAGAAACGAGGACAAUUUGUGUUUGUUACUGUGAAACCAACAGUGAAUUGAACAAUUAAAGAAGAGUGUGCACUUAGCAGGACUGUCUCUUAUAUGAAUAUCUACCUUGUGUGACAUUUGAGGAUUUCUAAUUGCAUUAAUACUUUCAUCUGACUCUGGCAAACAAAGUAUGUCCUGAACAAAAAGCAUCUUUCAAAUGCCUCCAACUAUGUAUAAUCAUUGCAAGUCGUAAAUACCUUUCCACCCUUAUUUAAAUUUUGUGUCCUCUACCUUACACUGAUGUCUUCAGAUGGAGAUCUCUGAACUGACAGAAAAUGCAGAAAUGGAUACAGAUAACAUACUGUUCGAUAUUGUAUAUAAAACUUGAAAGUAAGGUCAUACCAUGAACUAGAGUUCUAGACUUUUACUUAUAAGGAGCUGUGUUUAUGCCUGGCAAAGGUCGUGUGUACAGCAACAUGUGGUCUCUGUCGGGUGCCAGGUGGCUGGUUGCCCACCCCAGAAAGCCUCAAGAAUUUAUCAGCAUUGAUGGUCUCUGUUCAGGAGAAGCAAAUACUGGAUGAAGACAAAGUAAACAAGAGGUGAAUGUAACUCAUAGAGCUUCGAAGCAUUCAGAGUAACUGCUGGGGAUGUGAACACUGGUGAAAUUUCCAGCCAUGCUAAGGGAAAGUAAAGAGUCUGAAUUACGUUCAAACAUCAGAAUAAAGACAAAUCCGUGAAAUGUGUUUUAAAUUCUGAUGAUAUAUGCCAUUGAUACUUUGUCUUUAAAUGUCUAGAGUAGGAAAUCUGAAAGAUACUGAGAGUGUAUUUAGCUUUUACUUACAUCAGCUAUAAUUAAUGUUUGCAUUGUGUUUUAAGUGAUAAGUAAGCUUUAAUAUCCUGGCAUUCUCCACUCUUGAAGGUUAAUUCUUUUGAAACAAAAGAGAAAGGCUUUGUUUCUCACUUGUCUUCUGCAUCUGUUGCUGUUAUAGCAUCAAUGGAAUAUGUACAGGACUGAUGUACAGACAUGUAUUUUCAAGUAAAUCCUAAAAAUACCAUGGUAAAAGUUACAAGUGUAGUUGUGCAUCUUUUCAUCUUGGCUCUUUCCGAAUAAUGGUUGUGAUUAUUUAUCGGUAUUAGGGGGGUUUACUCCCAAAAGGUAAAGGCUCACUUCAGAUGUCAAACUGUCAUCUGUUAUCAAAUUGACCAGGUCAGCAAGAGUUCUAGUUUAACCUACUUAAGAAAUUAAAAAAAAAAAUCCCUUUUAAUGUUUUGCAUAAAGUUUGAGUUCUCUUUAAAAUGUAUAGUCACUAAAGUUUUUAAGAGUUCUGUGGAAUUUUUUUCAUCUGCUGAAUUUUCUGAGAACCAUGCAUAAAAAGAAUAUGUCAUACAUAUAAUACAUACGUAUGUGUGCAUGUAUGUGUGUGUGCGUGUGUGAGUGUGUGUGUAUUAUUGGUAAAACUGUCUUAUUAAAAAGACAAAACCUCAGAACCUUACCAUGUUUGAUGACAGAGCUGAUGUGUGCAUAUAGCCACUCUGCGUGGAAUUUUUACUCUAUGAGAUCAUUGUUAAAACUUCUCAUGAAUUUACUGAUGCAAGGAUUUGAUCAUGUGGAAUUUUUAUUUAUACUCGGGCCCUUUUUGCGCUUCCUGGAUGUCAGAAAAGGGUCCUCAAGUCCUACUCAGCUGGUAUAAAUUCACAUAAUUCCAUUAAGUAUAACAGAACUUUGCAUCAUCUGAGGAACUUCUCUUAGACAAGAUCAAAAGAAGCUUAGUGUGAGAAGCUUCAUGAUUAUUCAGAAAGAUGCUCCUGUAGAACUCAUCCAAUUAAUAAUCAAGAUUGUUCAUCACAUCUAAAAAGCAAGUGCAUUCCUCAAAUAACAGAAUUCCCCAUCUGCGAUUAAGUUUCCUUUGACAUUGUGUCGUUCUUUACUCACAAGGCCCUCAGACUCUGAGUUUCAAACCUAUUUAAGAGUUAUCCUAAAAAAAAUGUCAGUAUGACCUAUUUGAUGGAAAUUUGCACCUUAUUGGUAAUGUAGAGAAUAACUGUGUUUUAGUUUUGACUGAAUGGAAGUGUCCAGAAGCAGUUAUCCUUACACAUUGUACAAAAACCUUAAAUACUUCAUACAAUAUGAUAUUAAGGCAAGCUUAUACAUUUGAAGUUUUAAAAAAAUUUUCUUAGAUUCAGUCAAACAAUAAUCUUGUAUUUAUUAAUGUUCUUGUUCCUAAAUGCAUUCUGUCCAGAAAAUCAAAUACACAAUGAUGUUGCACAUUGGUGUGCCCCAAAUUAUACUUUGAUAUUCAAAAUGUGCAAUAUUUUAGGCUUCUUAGUCUACUAUUCAAUACUACAGAAAAUAUCAGCUAUGAAUUGAAACAUGCAUUAAACACAGAUUUGACAAAAUAUUCACCUUCCAAGAGCAAUAUCUCAAAAAAGUAGCUAAAUCACUUUCAAAUAAUGUCAGAUGCUUUAAUCUUUCUGUGGAGCAAGGGAAAUUUAAGGCUAUAUGAGAAUAGAAAGAAAAUUUAUGUACAAACUUUCCACCUUCACAUCACAAACUUUGUUCUUUGAAUAUGCACCAAAGUCAUUUGACACAUGGAGUAGCAGAACUGUUGUUCGACCUUAUUGUUUUCCCAUUCUCUGCAACUCCUUUUGAGAGAUCUGAACAUAACAUCAGAUGUUCUCAGUCCUCUUGCAAAGCAGGACACUUCUAGACAUUCUGUAGAUACAGUAGAUAGCAUGGCAUUGGAAAUGGGAUUGUGAAUUUAUUGGAAACUUUCUGUGGCCACUGAGGAGAUCUUUACUUUGGACAUAGUGACAUUUUGAAAGACAACUGACUUGUGAGACAUCUUUGAAAUAAAUGUAAAUAGAAAAAGUUACUGUUCAGUGGGAGUUGGGGUGGCAGAAAUAGACUUUUAAUUGUCUCUGUAUUCCAUUGUAAGCUGUUUAACUUCUGGAGAGUGAUCAGUUUUUCAGUCUUCUUUUUGGGUAGACAGAGCCUACGCAUUAACACAGUUGGAAAACUAACACCCUUCCUCUUAAAAUGAAAUUGGGGGAAAAUGGGUGUUGUAUUUUUUUUAUACAAAAGUCAGCCAAAUUUGGCUUUUGGAUAUCUGUGGUGAGAAACAACAUUUUUAAGUUGCCUUUGAAAUAGUUCACUUUUGCAUGCAAUUAUUAAGGGCCUUGUGAGGAAAAAAAAAACAGAUAGUGAUAUGCUGAGUAACUCUGUUUAGGUUUGUGUUUACUUGAAUGAAUUAAUGGUACUUAUUUCAUCACAAGGUCAUUUUAUAAGCUUUCUUAUAAAAUGUGCUUGACUACAAAUGUGCUUAACUAUGGAGUGUGUGUACAACCUGCACAUUUUUUUAGGUUCUCAUCUUCACCAGCUCUGUUUUCUCUGUUGCUCUCUCUUUGUAAUAUGCUGAAACUGUUCAGUACACACAGUACAACUACUAAAUUGAAAAUCUAACUGUAUAUAUAAAAUACUGAUAUUUUGAGUUAGAUUUACAUUUAAAAAUUAUCCAACAUUCUUCAAUUCAGGAAUCUGAUUCAACUGCCUUAAACGCAGAUCUACAGUAAUGGUGACAUGUUGCUAUUAUGUUAUCAAAUUGAUGGAACACGGAAACUUCAGACUCUUUAGUGACAGAGACACAGGCAUUUGCUGGUUGCAUCACGGGCAAAUUCAUUUAUUUAAAUGUAACUGUCAGCACAGUUUUGCAUAGUUACAUUCUGACUGAAGGUAAUCAACAAAGUUUAUAAAAUGUGAUGUGUGUACAUAUGUGUCCUCUUGAAGAUAGAUGUUUUCCCACAUCCUUUUUUAUAUCAGUUCAAAUUUGGAAUUUACAUUAUAUACAUAUACUUUAUUGUUCUAAAUAAAGAUAUUAUGCACUGCCAAAUAA